AUGUUUGGAAAAGCAGCGUUGUAUAUUUGGAGCAUUGGAAUCCUUGCAGCUGGUCAAAGUUCUACUAUGACUGGAACCUACUCAGGCCAGUUUGCUAUGGAGGGCUUCUUAAAGAUCUCUUGGGCAAGAUGGAAGCGAGUGCUGUUUACCAGAUCGAUCGCCAUUGCCCCAACCCUUUUUGUGGCUUUUUACGAAGGAGUCCAGGACCUAACGGGAAUGAAUGAUUUCCUUAAUGUGCUACAGAGUUUGCAGUCUGAAAUGCCACGUAACGUAUAUUUUAGUUGGAUUGUACCUUCUUUUCUACGUCACUUUUUUGUUAUUGGAGAAAGGAGAGUUCGUUUUCAAGUUUAAUAAGAAUGCGAGUAGACAGGGCCUGACAAAAUGAUAGUGAUGAUGGCUUCGUGAUUUAUUCUAUCAGGUUUAUUUUGCGCUUGGGUUCACCUUCAUAGCUUUCAUCAAGGUAUGGAAAUGGUGUUUUGAUAUUCCAUUCACUAGAAAGUUAACUAUUUUUUCAAGAUUUACUGCAGUAAAUUUCUGGAAUUAAACGAUCGUCAAUUUUUAUGUUUAUAAGCUGUUUUAAACACUAGCCUCAAAUCACUGAUUACUUAUCUCAGAAUUUCAUGAGCGCGUACGUUCAACUGGCCAGCAGCACGGCGUAAAAUGUGGGUAGGUACUUGGUGAAAUCCUUCAUACAUGCAUCAAUACAUAAGAACAUGUGGGAAUACAGGGUAAUUUGCAUACAUUAACAUACAUUAAAGAUCACAUCAAGUACUUACCAAAAUGUGUUACUUUCUUAAGCUUUUGAAAAGAACGACAGAUAAACUGCUUCUGUUCAUGUGCCAUUUUCUUUGUUUUCAGCAUUUAAAAAGAAAGGUUAUACACGUGUAAAUCACCUCGACUUAAUGGUGAGUGUGUUUGGUUCUAACUCUUUAGGGGCAACCUGGUUAUAGCAGCCCCAAAACAUGCGCCAAGAGUUGCGCCUAGCUAUGACAGCGUUUGCACAUGCGCUGACGUUUGACUGGUUUGUUUCCUCUCCCCCCCCCUCCCUAAUGUCAUUCAUUGUGAAAAAGAUACGCUGACUUCAACAUGCGGGAUUUGUGAAUCAACGACGAUAUUUAUCAGGAAAUAGGUAGAAAAAAAGAGUACCCGUGAAACUGUGGUUUGUUUUUAUUUUGUUUCUGGCAGUUUAUGAAAAGACCUGAUUCAUGUUAUUUCACGCUGAAGCUAGGCAAUUUUAUUUUUUUUUGUAAGAUUAAAAGUAAGGGAGAGAUUUUGUAGACCAUGUUAGGUAAUGUUAUAAAUGAUAUGAACAGCUUUGUGACAAACAAUG